AAGAAUCAAAACAAUCCGAAAUUCAGGAAGAAUAAACAAAUAAUAACUAAGUAAAUCAUGACUGAAUUCGGGGGAGAUUCUGGUGGCAGGCUGAAGGGCGUGACUAUUGUUAAACCAAUUGUAUAUGGAAACAUAGCACGCUCCUUCGGUAAAAAGCGCGAGGAGGACGGACACACACAUCAGUGGAAGGUCUAUUUGAAGCCCUAUUACAAUGAAGACAUGUCCUCUUAUGUUAAAAAGGUGCACUUUAAGCUACACGAGAGCUAUGCCAAUCCAAACCGAAUUGUCGUAAAACCCCCAUAUGAGAUCACAGAGACCGGCUGGGGCGAGUUUGAAGUGGUUAUCAAAAUCUACUUUAACGACCAGUCGGAGCGCCCAGUGACUUGCUACCACAUUUUGAAGCUAUUCCAGUCGCCGGUUGUUGAUGGCGAACUCACGUCUAGUACCACGAUGGACACAAAGAAAGGCCUGGUUUCAGAGUCCUACGAAGAAAUUGUCUUUCAGGAGCCAACCCAGAUUAUGCAGCAUUAUCUGCUUCUCUCGGAUCAGAGCGCCAAUGGAAUGUUAACGCACGACACUGAUUUUGAGGAAAAAAAGAUCAAGACCCUUGACAAUAUUGUCAAUGUAAAACAAAAGGUCAAAGGAGAGAUUGUUACUCUUAAAGACAAACUAAAGCUGGCCCGGGAAACUAUUUCAAAAUUCAAAGCGGAGUUGGCCAAAGUGCAGAAGCCACCGGCAUAAUAUUCGCUAACUUUCACAACUCUCAACCGAUUAAUUUAAGCAUCUAUUUUUGCUUACAUUUGUAAUAUUUUCUGAUAAGCUAGCUUGUAAGUUACAAUAUUCAAAUAUAAAAACGUUGUAUACAUAUAACUAUUAAA